AUGGCAGCCUUGUAUGAGUACGAUCCACUUCCUUCCACUGGAGUCCACUUUCGACUGCUCGAGUAUGAAGCGAAUCAGUACACGGAACUGAUGACAUUUCGGUUGGCAGUCAAAGAGCUCCCCUUGGACAACCGAACGUCGCUGGACUAUACAGCGUUAUCUUACACUUGGGCCGAAGACGAACCUUCGCAUAAGAUCAUAGUCAACGAUUCGCUUUUUUCGAUAUCACAAAAUCUUUAUGGGUUCCUGCUAGAAUGGCGCUCAUCGCGAGAUGGACCUGCUCUACUCUGGAUAGAUGCGGUCUGUAUCAACCAAGAGGAUCUGGAAGAACGCGCCUCUCAGGUCCGUUACAUGCAGCAGCUCUUCCGUGGUGCCAGGAAUGUCAUUGCGUGGCUGGGCCUGGCACACCGGCAAGCGACAUAG